GUUUAUUUUGAUUUCGGUUGCCGGCGAAGUAAGUAGCACUAGUGAGGAGUGUUUGUAUGAAUCUGUACGCGAACAAAAAAACAACUAAAAUAUAUAUGUAGCAAAUAAAUGGACUGACUAACGCGUAAGUGUAGCAGAGAAAAACAACCAAGAAAAACACAUAUUCAAGAUAAAUACGUAUAAAUUGAAUCUACAAGAUUGUGUCUAAAGUAUAAAAAUAGUACAUGCAACAACAACAAUGAAAUAAACAAGCAAACGACACCACCACUAACUACACCAUACUAAACUAAACAACUCAACCUAACAGCAGUAAUAAAAAUUAUUUAAGUAACAAUUUAGUGCGUGAAAAACAAAAAAAUAUAUUUUAUAAUAAUGAAUUAAAAUACGAAAAAAAUAAUAUCUACUGAAUGUGAUAUAUGAGAUUAUAAUAAUCCACAUCCGAUUCUGGAAUUGAAUUCAUGGGAAGAGGAGAAAAAGUGCUUAAAUAUAAAUGACAAAUUUUUUAUAAUUUCUGUGUUUAUUGGAAUUAAAAAAACAAAAAAUUGAGUUACGAAAUGAAACCAUUGUUAUCAUUACAAAAUAUACAAAUCAAUUUAUUCAAAAAAAGAAAAUAAUAUACGAUAUAAAACGUGAUCAAGUUCUAAAUUUUUACUUAAAAUAAGAUAAGAAAAUUAAAUAAUAUUAUCUAUUGUUCAAUAAGUACCUUUUUUUGUGUUCACUAUUCGAAAAGAAUAGAAAGUAAAUAAAAAAGUUAUAAUAAUAAUAAUAAUAAAAAAAAUCAAAAAUGUCUGCUCAAAUAUUCCAAGUGCAAUGUUUAAUUUUCUGUGGUCUAUUUAUAAGUUUAUUAACCUCAACGCACACCUUUAACUAUGCACCAAAGCCACAAAUAGUCAUCACUGGACCCCAGUUGAAAUUUUUCAAACCUCAAACUCGAAGCUCAUAUUUUGGAUACACAAUUGUCAUGCGUACCUCGAGUGUAAUUAUAGGUGCACCCAGGGCGCAAUCAACUUUGGAAUUACAGAGAAAGGUUAACGAAACAGGUGCUAUAUAUCGGUGUCCAUUGGAUAAACCUACAGCGUGUUAUCCCUACAUAUUCGAUAUACAAGGAAAUCGUAAUAUCGAACAUAGUGAUUACACUUAUGAUUCGGAAAAACGUGAUUUCCAAUGGUUAGGCGCUUCCAUGGAUGGUGGUUUAAAAGACACCGAUAAGUUUAUUGUUUGUGCGCCAAGAUUUAUUGCACCAGUUGAGAAGAACGAUUAUUUAAUGCAUGGUUUGUGUUACUGGAUCAAUGAUACAUUAGCCGAUCAACCAAAAGAUGUACGAAAAAUAUCGCCCUUAAGAUUAAAGCAAGAUCAGAUUCGCAAAGAGGAUGGUACAAAGUUUUACUACUACAUGUUAGCAGAACAGGGUUUAAGUGUUCAUAUAACACCUGAUAACGAAGAAUUUCUUAUUGGUGCUCCCGGCAUUCACACGUGGAAAGGUUCAGUUAUACGACAUCGCAAGAGAAUUCUAAAUGAUGAUCCCAGCUUAAGUCGUCGAGAUACUGAAAGAGUUUCACGUAUUCGCAGACAACUGGACAUGGAUUUGGAAAAUACACAAAUUUACUAUGAAUCUGAUAUACCAAAUCCACAAAAUUUCCAUCAACCUCCUGAUUCAUAUUUUGGCUACUCCGUUAGUUCCGGUUAUUUCGAUUCAAAUGAUAAAACAAAAUUGUUGUAUCUUGCUUCAGCUCCACAAGCAAAUGAGCAAUCAGGAGAAGCCUAUAUUUACGAUUAUACUAGCAACCGAAUAACCAAGAACUAUGUUUUCCGUGGUGAACAAUUUGGUGAAUAUUUCGGAUACGCAGUGUUAGCUGAAGAUAUCAAUGGCGAUGGCUUAACCGAUGUUAUUAUAUCUGCUCCACAGCAUAGAGUUUCUGGCUUAUUUGACGAUGGUGCCAUUUAUGUCUUUAUAAAUCAAGGAAGAUUUAACUUCGAGCGUAAGCUGAUAACGUCUCCAGUUCACGGAAAAGCACGUUUUGGCACAACUCUAACCAGAUUGGGAGAUCUUAAUCAGGAUGGCUACAAUGAUAUUGCCAUUGGAGCACCCUUUGCAGGUGAUGGUUCCGUGUUUGUUUAUCUGGGAAGUGAAAGGGGUUUGCGUGACCAACAUAGUCAACGUUUGGAUUCGCCUAAGGCAUUUAUACAAUCAUCAUACGGCACUCACAUGUUCGGUCAUGGUCUUUCAAAAGGUUCGGAUAUUGAUGGCAACGGUUUCAAUGAUAUUGCAAUUGGUGCGCCCAAUGCCGAAACUGUUUUGUUGUAUAAAGCGUACCCUGUAGUAAAAAUCAUAGCUACUCUCAAAUCGGACACUCGUGAAAUUAAACCAGGUCAAUCAACAUUCCCCUUGUCUGUUUGCUAUAGUAUUUCAACAAAAUCCAACGAGUCCAGAAUUCAAUCUCAAGAAUUGGACAUGCAUGUAGUACUAGAUCCACAAGUGAAACGAGUAACAAUAUCAUCAACUAACCGCAAUGAAAUGAAAUUUAAGGCUGUAGCCAAAACUCAGACACAGUGUAGCAUUAUGGACUGUAAUGUAAAAUUCAUUGAAUCGGAAAUUUUCAAACCCAUUGAAUUGGAGUUGCACUACAACCUUGUCAAUCAUGUGCCAGAUUCCGAAGUAUUUUGUGAAACUUGUGCUGCCGUCGAUCCCGCUGAACCAAAAGUUUUUAGCGAAAAAAUUAUCUUUAGCACAGGUUGUGCAUCAGAAAUUUGCAUUGCUGAUAUGCAAGUGAAGAGCAGUGGAUUAGAUCAUUCGUACAUACUGGGCAGCAGUCGCACUUUAAAAGUUACAUAUGAUAUAUCCAACGCUGGUGAAACCGCCUAUUUACCACAAAUCAAUAUUACAUCGUCCAAUCGUAUGCCAUUCGCAAAAUACCCCUCCAACUGUAAGGUGCAUGAAUCAGUCAUGUUGUGUGAUUUAAAUCGUGGUCAAGCCAUGGUUAAGGGUGCUAAGGACUCUGUUACAGUCAUUUAUGAUGUGAGUAGCUUAACGGGUACGGCCAUGAUCUUAACGGCUGAAGUUUUCAGUACCGGUAAAGAACUUAAUCCAGGAAAUAAUAUUGUUAAGGAUGUCAUUACAUUGGGUGAAUUUACUGAGAUCGAGGCUGUUGGAGCUCCUAAAACGCCACAUAUCAAUUUAGAAAAGAUGUCUAACACAGCAGAAGUUAAGAGUUAUUAUGAGAUCAAAAGUAAUGGCCCCAGUAAUGUAGGUGCAAUGAAGGUUGUAUUUAAUAUACCCGUGGCCUACAGAAUACCAGGAUCCAUAGCCACAAUUCCUAUUAUUGAUAUGGACAACAUAACAAUGCAGGCUACCUACAACUCUCAAUUAGUGGUCUUUGACUUUUUCCAAAAUAAUAUUACACUCGUUAGGAAUUCUAUUUCAACCAUGUCAAGUGCAUCUUCGACAGUCACAAAAACCAUAAUGGAAAGCAGUAAUGGUUUGCAUUAUAAUGCCAUUGAUAUGGGUCAUGUUAAUGAGAUUUCCUUUCAAAAUACAAAUAACGACUUUGGAGAUUCAAUAAUGUCUGCUUCCAUGGGCCAUACUCGCAGACGUCGUGAAGCAGCUGCUCUAACUGCCAACAAGGACCAAUAUGCUCGUAUUGCUCAGGCCAAAUCUUAUGAUCUAUUGAGUGAAGAUUUAAAGGGUACUUUACCAGUUAAUCGUACCAUUGUGUUCAACUGCAAUGAUCCUGAGAUGACUGUAUGUGUUCAAGCGGUUAUGGAAGUUUAUAACUUUAAGCCCGAAACCCCCAUUAUUGUCACAAUGUCCUAUAUGGUAGAUCUCAAGGAGGUUAAUCAAAUUCUCAUUGAACCAUGGGAAUUCUUUGUGGUUCUAGUAGGUUUGGAUGUAGUCAAGACCAAUGGCUUAGCCUCUACUUUAGCGGUUAACAAAAAAAUAGACUACCACAUUAUUUCCAAACAUCAAUUAUAUGGCACACCCAUCUGGGUAAUAAUUCUCGCUAUUUUGGGCGGCAUUUUAGUCUUAGCUUUAAUUACAUACGGCAUGUACAGAGCUGGUUUCUUUAAACGUGCCACAAAAGAGGAAAUGGAUAAAUUAGUACAUCAAGCACAGAUAUCAAGUGAUGGCGUAACAGAAGCCUCCAAUUUAAAUGAUGAAAAUAAUUAAAUCGAAAAUAUGCAAUCAUCGAGAACAUCAUCGUUGUCGAUUUAUUGAAUAGCAGUGAUGAGUUGGAAUAAUCAUUGUGAUCUUGUCUAGUGUACAAAAGCUGUGAAUACACCUCCUUCGCCAUUUUCCGUUUUACGUGAAUGACGCCCAUUUUAUUUUUCCAAAAUAUGUACUUUGUUUUAUUUAUUUUAUGUUUUUUGAGUUUUAAUAUGUUUUAAACAGUUAAAUUACGAAUACAUCACUAAAAAAGAAAUUACAGAACAAACGCAACAAUAAUCUAAAUCUAGAAAUAAUUCUAGUUGAUAAUCAACUUGAAAAGAAGAUUAUUAUUUUUAACUUUAGAAACCACGAUUUCGAUACCAAAUGUUACUGUUUAUAUUCUUUUAAGUUAUUUUUAAUGAUUAUUUUUCCGUUUUAUAAAUAUUUUGUAAUUUUUGUAUGUUUAAAUAAGAAUGUGUAUAAAUAUAAGUUAAUUUAUUUGUUUAGCUUCAACAUUUGUUUCUAUAAAUAGUAUUAGGAAUAGUUUUUUAUUUAAUUAGCUGCCAUGUAAAUAUUUUAUUAUUUUCAAUUCAAUUCAACUCAAACUUACAUUUGAAUUUUUAAAUUUAAUAUUGUAAUUGUGUGUCUUACGAAACGUAUUGAUUGCAUUUUUAAACGUAAUUUGUAACUAUUUAGAAUCGAAUUGAAUAAAAAUAAUUGUAAAUUUUAAAUGAUUAAGACUUACAUAAGUAUUAAAAUAUAUUUUUAUAUUAAAAAAUAAAAAAUGAAAUUUAAUUAAAU